UCACACACACUCAACAGCACCAACUCCACAGACCUGUUCUGCUGUCAGGACUGCUAAUCCUGCUCCGUGUCUCACUUCAGACGAGACAGUGAAAGGAGAUUAUCUUCCCUUUUUUCUGGGAAACAUGAAACUUGAAGUUUUCUCUGCGCACCACUUUGCACAGAAACCGCUGGAGUUGUGCAUGGACGCAGAGGGAGGAGUCCCGUCUCCUCUGUCCGGGGACGAGCUGGGGUCUGACGGGGACUGCGUGGCCAACAGCCCGGCACCUGUCACCCAGGACGCCGACGGCAGUAAGGGGAAGCCAUACACCCGCAGACCAAAACCCCCUUACUCCUACAUUGCCCUCAUCGCCAUGGCCAUCCGGGAGUCCAGCAGCGGCCGCCUCACUCUGGCAGAGAUCAACGACUACCUGAUGAAGAAGUUCCCUUUUUUCCGCGGCAGCUACACCGGCUGGAGGAACUCCGUACGCCAUAACCUGUCACUCAACGAUUGCUUCAUCAAAGUGCUGCGGGACCCAUCCCGGCCCUGGGGCAAGGACAACUACUGGAUGCUGAACCCGCACAGCGAGUACACCUUCGCUGAUGGGGUGUUCCGCCGCAGAAGGAAGCGCAUCACCAAGAGGCCCCUGAAAGAACAGGAGAGCCCGGACAUCCUCCCCGAGGACACCCGCCUCCCGGCCCCGGAGGAGAGGGUGGGGGCCAAGUUCUCCAGCUCCUUCGCCAUCGACAGCAUCCUGAGCACACCCUUCAAACAGAGGGAGGACAGUCACUUUGAUGCAGGUCCCCGCGCCCGCGCACACGCCCACGCCCCUCCGUUUCACUGGCCACCAGGGGCCCAUGUACUGUCAUAUCCUCUCAACUAUCCAGCACAACACAUGUACGUGUCAGAAGCAACGUUCAGCAGCUCGGAGCCCUGCAGCAGAGACGCACUUACACACUUCCAGCACCAGCACCAGCACAGACCCCCGAGCAUGAGCGCACCCGAGGCCGCUUUCAAGAUGCCCAACAAGGCACCGGGUUUCCAUAUAGACUCCCUGUUGUCCUGAAGUUAAACUUCAUCCGUGAUGCGCACUUUCCUCAUGCUUUCAGAGCUGUAACUGUUAAACUGUCCUCGUGGCUGUUGUAUACGUCAUUCUGUAGUGGAUAAAAACAACAUGGCAUGUCGUCAAUAUUGAUCUAACUGUGAGAACUAGUAAAAAAGUGUGCUGUCAUCGCAGGACAUCAUGUCAUUAUGUAUGGAGGAGGGCACAGUGUCAAUGAUUCACUGCGCAUUUAUAAUAUUUGACAGCAACCAAGUGCCACGUUGAAGUAUAAUACUGCUCAUUUCUAUUUAUAUGUUCAUGUUUUGUGUGACCUACUGUAAAAAAAAUAAUGUAAAUAUUAAAAAAAAACAAAUUGACUGAGCUUCAGUGAAAACCAGGUGCUGCACUAUACAAACGCAUGGAAAAUGUCCUGUUUGUCUGAGAUUGUUGCAUGCAUUCAUGCCCCGGUACUUUUUAUGAAUAAAGAAAACAGGAAUCUGA